AUGAAUGGCCACGCUUCCUCGGGGCACCCCCUCGCGCAGGAGGAGAGUGCAUCACUACUAGAUGAAAAGCGUCUUUCCGAUAUCGAGAGUGACGUCAGACGGGCUGCGAUCGAGACGCACUUCUCAACACGCCGGCGGAUAUGGGCCUCGGCAGCACAAGCCUACGGGGGCAAGCUGCUAUCGGUCCCGUGGCACUCUCUCGCGCUCAGGGCGGUCAUCUUCCUCCUUCCUAGCUUCGUGCAGUCCAAGUUCUCCCGCGACGCCGGGCUGCGAGGCAGCAGCAGCAUCCAUCGGUCGGGCCCGACGGCCUACCUCGACGGGAUCCGGGGGCUGGCAGCGCUUUUCGUCUUCUUCUGCCACCUCUCGUACACCUGCUUCGUCAUCGCCGAGGGCUGGGGCUACGGCGAGGACAACUACCAUGUCCUCCGGCUCCCCAUCGUCCGCCUCUUCUACCAGGGUCCGCCCAUGGUCUGCGUCUUCUUCGUCGUCUCGGGCUACGCCCUGUCGCUGAGGCCGCUGAAAUUCGCCCGGUCCCGCUCCUCCGACGCCUUCGCCACCACGAUGAGCUCCUUCGUCUUCCGGCGGGCGAUCCGGCUGUUCCUGCCCACCGCCGCCUCGACCCUGCUGGUCGUCUGCCUGCUGCGCGCCGGCCUGUAUGAGUGGACGCGCGACUUCGCCGACGACCCCGCCUACAUGCGCAACGUGCACGAGCUGCACUACCACCGCCUGCCCACGGCGGGGGCGCAGCUGGCCGACUGGGGGCGCGCGCUCUUCGGCUUCGUGCACGUGUGGGGGUGGGAGAAGUUCGGCGGCAGCACGGGGCUCGACCUGCACCUGUGGACGAUCCCCGUCGAGUUCCGCGCCUCCAUGGUGCUGUUCCUGACCCUCGUCGGCACCGCGAGGCUCAGGACGGGGGCCCGGUUCCUGGCCCUCGGCCUCGUCAUGUGGUUCACCUACCGCAGCGACAGGUGGGACAUGCUGCUGUUCUACUGCGGCAUGGUCCUGGCCGAGUGGGACCUGAUCCGCGGCGCGCACAACACCCCCUCGCCGAGCGCGCCGCCGGCCUCCUCCUCCUCCUCCUCCUCGGGCCUCUCGCUGCUCGGCCACGGCCACGGCCCCGGCCCGCCGGCACUGCCCAGGGGCAGGCGGCUCAAGGCGGCUCUGUGGAUCGGCCUGAGCGUCGUGGCGCUGUACCUCAUGUCGCAGCCCGACGUUGGGCACGACGACACGCCCGGGUGGGUGUUCCUCUCGUUGCUGAUCCCGGCCUGGUUCUCGGACCGGUACCGGUACUGGCAGUGCGCGGGCUCGGUGCUCUUCGUCCUGUCCGUCGGCCGCUCGCCGGCCUGGCAGCGCCUCUUCAACGCCCGCGUCGUGCAGUACCUCGGCAGGAUCAGCUACGCCCUCUACCUGAUGCACGGACCGGUCAUGCACACCGUCGGCUUCGCCACCGAGAGGUGGGCCUGGGGCGUCACGGGCGUCGAGGGCCAGGCCUACGCCCGGGGGUUCGUGCUCGCGUCGUUCGUCAACGUGCCCGUGGUCAUCUGGGCGGCGGACGUGUUUUGGAGGGCCGUCGACGCGCCUAUCGUCCGGUUCGCCAAGUGGUUCGAGGCGAAGUGCUCCGUCUCGGAUUGA